UUAUCCUCCCUAGUCUGCUCCCAGUUUUCAAGAGGAGUCUUUGCUAUUUUUGGAUUCUAUGACAAGAAGUCUGUAAAUACCAUAACAUCGUUCUGUGGGACUCUUCAUGUCUCCUUCAUAACUCCCAGCUUCCCAACAGAUGGAACACAUCCCUUUGUCAUUCAGAUGAGACCAGACCUCAAGGGAGCUCUUCUUAGCUUGAUUGAAUACUAUCAGUGGACCAAGUUUGCCUAUUUAUAUGACAGCGACAGGGGCUUAUCAACUUUACAAGCUGUGCUGGAUUCUGCUGCUGAAAAGAAAUGGCAAGUGACUGCUAUCAAUGUAGGAAAUAUUAACAAUGACAGAAAAGAUGAAACUUACCGUUCACUGUUUCAAGACCUAGAAGUAAAAAAGGAAAGGCGAGUGAUUUUGGACUGUGAGCGUGAUAAAGUCAACGACAUUGUUGAUCAGGUUAUCACAAUUGGUAAACAUGUUAAAGGAUACCAUUACAUCAUUGCAAAUCUGGGAUUUACAGAUGGAGAUUUAUCAAAAAUUCAGUUUGGAGGGGCUAACGUCUCAGGAUUUCAGAUAGUUGACUAUGAUGAUCCUCUGGUAUCAAAAUUUAUACAACGUUGGUCAACACUGGAGGAGAAAGAAUAUCCUGGUGCACACACUAGUACAAUUAAGUAUACAUCUGCUCUGACCUAUGAUGCUGUCCAAGUUAUGACAGAAGCUUUCCGUAAUUUGCGUAAACAGAGGAUUGAGAUCUCCAGAAGAGGAAAUGCUGGAGAUUGUCUUGCAAAUCCAGCUGUACCCUGGGGUCAUGGUGUAGAAAUAGAAAGGGCAUUGAAACAGGUUCAGGUGGAAGGUCUAACAGGGAAUAUAAAGUUUGAUCAGAAUGGAAAGAGAAUCAAUUUUACAAUAAACGUCAUGGAACUGAAAAGUACUGGUCCUCGGAAGAUUGGAUAUUGGAGUGAAGUGGACAAAAUGGUUGUGAAUCCUCUUGAUGGACCUCUUGGAAAUGAAUCUUCAGGACUAGAGAAUAAGACUAUUAUUGUCACCACUAUUUUGGAGUCCCCCUACGUCAUGAUGAAGAAAAAUCAUGAAAUGCUUGAAGGAAACGAUCGAUAUGAGGGCUAUUGUGUGGACUUAGCUACAGAAAUUGCUAAACACUGUGGAUUCAAAUAUAAGCUCACAAUUGUUGGGGAUGGCAAGUAUGGGGCAAGGGAUGCAGACACGAAAAUCUGGAAUGGGAUGGUUGGAGAACUUGUUUAUGGGAAGGCCGAUAUUGCAAUUGCUCCCUUAACUAUAACGUUGGUGAGAGAAGAGGUGAUUGACUUCUCAAAGCCCUUUAUGAGCCUGGGGAUAUCAAUAAUGAUCAAGAAGCCUCAGAAGUCCAAGCCAGGAGUGUUUUCAUUUCUUGAUCCAUUAGCAUAUGAGAUCUGGAUGUGCAUUGUUUUUGCCUACAUUGGGGUCAGUGUAGUUUUAUUCCUGGUCAGCAGAUUUAGCCCAUACGAGUGGCACACUGAGGAAUUUGAAGAUGGAAGAGAAACGCAAACUAAUGAGUCAACUAAUGAAUUUGGGAUAUUUAAUAGUCUCUGGUUUUCCCUGGGUGCCUUUAUGCAGCAAGGAUGCGAUAUUUCGCCAAGAUCCCUGUCUGGGCGCAUUGUUGGAGGUGUGUGGUGGUUCUUUACCCUCAUCAUAAUCUCAUCCUACACGGCUAACUUAGCUGCCUUCCUGACGGUUGAGAGGAUGGUGUCUCCCAUUGAAAGUGCAGAGGAUCUUUCCAAGCAAACAGAAAUUGCUUAUGGAACAUUAGAUUCUGGCUCCACUAAAGAGUUUUUUAGG